AUGAGUCGUUUGCUAACACUAAGCGUCUUUAUGAGCAUUCUAUUCUGGAUAGCUACGCCCGUAGCAGCGCUAGGGCUCACAGUUCCGCCCGUGAAAAGCGGCGACACGAAAAACUACUCGUCACGAGAGAAUCUCCGCAACUGCGUCAGCUACCAAACAGUGAAAGAUGACAUCAUUUUGGUGCGUGUCAAAAGUGGAACUAAAGUUGCUUCCCAGAUGUUGAACCUAAACGUAUUUGAUGACGAGAACAACAAGUUGCGAUUUGAGCGCGACAUUUCCAACGAAAUCAGCAUUAUGUUCACCAACUUGAACAAUCCUCGUAAUUCCGACUUCCAGAACGAGGCCGGUGUCAUUGACCAGAUCAAGCGGUCCAACAUUAUGAACGAGGUGGACAUGCAGAAGGAACACAAAAAGAAUAAGUACAAUGAGUUGAUCAACAGCGACAAAGGCAAGUCUUUAGUGUAUAUCUGCUUUGACAAUUUGUAUGCCGACAAGUCAUGGUCGUACAAUGCCGAAUCGCGAGACGUAGAAUUGUACGUUGACAUCAAAAACAUGGAAACUAUCCAGCAGACCAACUACAACAACUUUGCCCAAUAUUUCCUUUCGCUUAGGCAGCAGGAAAUCAAACGUAACGGUGGCGAUGCAUCGGGAUCAAAGGAGUUCACUCAGGAGGACUUUGAAAAGGAAGUUCAAUUCCUCAAAACCGAGUUAGACAAUGUCGUUGUCAACUUGCAGAACUCGGAAUUGAUUCUCCAGAACUUGAUGGAAGCUGAAUUCCGCUUGCGAGAUGUCAACGAAGACAUCUUCAGUGCAUACACCACGGUUUCUAUCGUCCUUAUCUCAUGUAUAGUGUUGUUCGGAUUGGCCCAGACCAUCUACUUCCGGUUCUACUUGAAGAAAAGAAGGUUGUUGUGAUAUCAAUUGCAAAGCCUCAGACAAUCAAAUCGUUAUUUAUUCUUGAUUUCAAUUCUUCAUACUCCAUAAUCGUCAUGGUUCGGUAUCUUGUUAAUGUUACCUCUAGCCACCGUUCCGAUGAUUGCUAGCAUCUUGUCUAUUAUAUAAAAGACACCCUGUAUAACUAGUUAGAAUAUCAGGUCUAGUGUGCACGAGAGAAGGUGUCUCAUAUUAGCAUAUUCUAAUAUCAUAGAUUCAUAAUAUCUUACUUCAGAAUCUAUGAAUAUAUGCUAUUUUCGUAGAUUCAUAAAAUGAUAUGUUUGAUACAACAUUCUAUGGCAAUAUGCUAUGUUAUUUAUUCGUGGCACUAUUUUGUACUAUCAUCUAUGUUCCAUAUUCU